AUAACCUAAAUACAGUCUAUGAUUAUAACUAAUGACAGUAAGCUGGCAUCUGUGAUACCUUAUAAUCAAUCUACAAUCCCAGAUUCACCACAGCAGUGAAAUAAAUGGAGAGUUGCGGUAGUCAACAUGUAUAGUAAUUAGUUAACAAUCUAGUGGUUGAUUUACAUAUGUCAUGAAGUAGUGGAGGACAACAUACAGAAUCAGAACUGUGAACAUAAACAUAACGUGUUCAUUGUCAGUUAAUUAAUUUAUAUUGUUUAGUGUUUAAUCACCACAAUGGUCCUUGUUCCGAGCGAGUAGAGCCUCACAAUACGGCAGAAGUAGCGACUUAAGAUGAACAGUAGAGGGCAGCAACACGUGGUUACAGCUUCCUGUCAAUUCUCGCGAGAUUUACCGGCACCACACUGUACAGAUAUGGCUUAUGCUCCUAGCAACCGGUCGGAAAGUAACUUAGCGCACAUAAGCGGUCUUUGAUAAAGGACAUUGUGUUUAUUUAAAUAUGUAAUAUUUUACUACACUAGUGUUACUACAGCCCGACAAGUCUGGAUCAUUUCAGAGAUCACAGAGCUGUUUCCCGGUUGCUAGCAUGCUGCGGUUAGGAUAGCUAGCUAGCUUACACGCUGCGGUUAGCUCCGUCUGGGACAACGUGAGGAGCAUCUUUACCGAGUAACGUCAUCUAUUCUAGUCGGUUCACGAUGAAGUGUCACUACGAAAUCUUGGAUGUGAAACGAGACGCGGGAGACGGCGACUUGAAGAAGGCGUAUCGUAAAUUAGCGUUGAAAUGGCACCCCGAUAAAAACUUGGACAAUGCGGAUGAUGCAGCGGAGCAGUUUAAGCUGAUUCAAGCAGCUUAUGAUGUCCUGAGCGAUCCCCAGGAGAGAGCAUGGUAUGACAAUCACAGGGAUGCUCUGCUGAAAGGAGGAAUCAGUGGAGAUUAUGAAGAUAACAGCAUUGACCUGCUGCAGUACUUCACGGUCACGUGCUACUCCGGCUUGGGAGAUGACGAGAAGGGCUUUUACACAGUCUACAGGAACCUCUUUGAAUCCAUUGUUAAGGAGGAGAUGGAGCAUGGCAAGGUGGAUGAAGAGGAAGAAGAGGAGUUUACUCCCUUCGGAGACUCACAGAGUGACUAUGACAGCGUAGUUCACAUGUUUUAUGGCUACUGGCAGAGCUUCUGCACUCGUAAAAACUUUGCCUGGAAGGAGGAGUUCGACACUAGGCAGGCCUCCAACCGCUGGGAGAAACGGGCUAUGGAGAAGGAGAACAAGAAGACCAGAGAAAAGGCCCGGAAAGAGCGCAACGAGCUUGUGCGUCAACUUGUCGCUUUUGUUCGCAAGCGUGACCGCCGCGUGCAGGCCCACAGGAAGCUGGUGGAGGAGCAGAACGCUGAGAAGAUCAAGAAGGUGGAGGCGCAGAGGCGGCAGCAGAAGCUCAGCCAGGCCAAACAGGUGGAGGAGUACAAGGAGCAGAGCUGGGCGGCCAUGUCUGAACUUGAGAAGGAGCUGCAGCAGAUAGAGGCUCAGUACGGAGAGGAGUUUGGGGAUGUGUCAGAGAGUGAGGAAGACGAGCUGGAUAUGGACAUGCGUGAGAAGAACGGUGAAAAAGGAGGAGCAGAGCAGCUGGACGGAGACAAACUGACAAUUGAUUAUUAUGAUGAUCUGUUCUGCCCAGCCUGUGACAAAUCCUUCAAAUCAGAUAAAGCUAUGAAAAACCAUGGAAAAUCCAAAAAGCACCGUGAGCUGGUGGCGUUGCUACGACAACAGAUGGAGGUAGAGGACGAUUCAUUUGGUCUUAACGUAAACGGAAAGGAGGGAAUAGAGGCGGAGAAUGAGGAGGAUGAGGAGGAAGAGGAUGAGGAAGACAAGCCUAGACAAAAGCUCUCCAAAAAGCAAAAGAGAAAAAAGAAACAGCAGAAAGUAGUACAUAGUGCUCCAGAGGAAGUGGAGGAAAAAGUAGUGGAAGAAGUGGUGGAGGGAGUGGAGGAGAAAGUGGAGAAGCCAACCCUGACCACCUGUGAGGACGACGCCCCCGAGACGUCAGAGAACACAACACAGCCUGAGAAGCAGGAUGAUCCCCCUCCUACAGAAGUCAAGAGCAGCUCUGGGAAGACGAAAGGAAAAAAAGGAGGAGGAAAGGACCAACCAAAGAGUGUCAAGUCAAACACAGGAGGAGAACAGAUUCCUGAGAGUGAAAUAAUCCUCCGCUGUGUGACCUGCGACGGCGAGUUCUCCACAAGAAACAAGUUGUUUGACCACCUGAAGACCAGCGGUCACGCCAUCGCUGCCUCCUCGAACGCUCCUCACAGCUCCGUGAGCAAGAGCAAAAAAGACAAGAAGAAGAACAGAUAACACCUCUUCAUCAGGGACACAGGGAACUCUGGGAAGGUGAACUUAAAGAAGCCUUUUGAAAGUGGACUUUUUAUGGACCGGUUGGUUGACUCCCAGGGAAUAGUUUUUUUUUAGUUUUUUUUUAAAUUACCCAAUAAGCCUGUUGCGUGAGACAAGGUGUUUGUGCGAUUGAGACUCUCGGUGCAUUUCCCAGUAACUUAUGAACGUCUCUGUGCUUAUAGAAACCUACAGGCUGUGAGUAGGAGACAUUUUAUCAUCACAUCCUUUACUGCUUUGGAACUAACGUCUCUUGGUGUGUCAUGAAGAGCUCUGUGGCGGUAUUACUGCAUCAUAAAAAAAUAAAUAAAGGUGAUACUGCAUGUUGGUAUUUAUAUGACAAA